CCCUGGCCGGCGUGGCUGCCCGGCCUGGCUGCGAGAGCGUGCAGAGCGGCCCGUGCAGCGGCCGCGAGUAGACAGCUUCGUACGCGCUACGGCACGCACCACGCGGUCCCCCGACGUGUGCCUUACCCCUCCGCGCAGUGGUGGUGUACGGCCAGUUGCUAUCGAUGCGGCGGCGCGCGGCGGCUGUGUCGGUCGCUCCACUUCAGUUGAGGGCCGAGGUAUAAAGGCGCCCCCACGCCCAGUGUGGGCCGUCAGUCAGCCGUGUGACUCGGUGCCGGAUAGUGCCCGGAAGACAUGUCAUCCCGGCGGCGGUGGACCGACGCGCCAGCCACCACCUACGCGCAGCCGAGUCGACUUGCCCCGGGCAUUGCCGCACAUCGCCCGAUCCGGAGCGUCCACCAGUGUUGUGCCUCGGCAGUUUGUGCUUCAUCGGUGGUGCAGUGCCGUCGUCGUUGACGAAGUCCGACGUUGCGGGGUGUGCUCCUUCACAAUCCUGGGGAUGCUCUCCGGCCUUCGUUGUUGCUGCUGAUCGACGCGAGCACGUGCUGCCAUGCGCGGCGAGCCCCGGCCCUUCGGCAAUCGGCUCCUUCGGUCCGCGAUCCGUCUGCUGUGAGCGAGCGCGGACACUUCUUCUCCGGCAGCGGGGACCCAUGGAUGCAGCCAUGCGUUGGCGCAGGACUUGGCUGGCCACGGCGGGCCUCGCCUUUUGCCUCGGCAUGACCGUCGGCCUGCUGCUCCCUUUGAGGGAGCUCGCUCGCAGCGGCAACAACAGCAGCAGCAAGGCGGAGGCCGGCUCGCAGCAUGAGCGGCCGGGCAAUGCGUCUUCCAGCGGCCCCCCUCCGCCGCCGACGGGGAGCGCCGCCGCAGCUUCCCGUGCGCUCAACGGAUCGGACCUGUCGCUGCUGCCUCGCCGCUCCGAGAAGGGCACGGUGCGAGGAAUUUUCUGGGCGGGACCCGCGGAGCGACUGGUCGCCGCGGGCUCUCUGGUCAGCGAAGAGGACGUGUCUCGGUGGCGGGCCACCGCUAGGAGAUCGACCGUACGCGCCGUGUACGAGGGAUGCGGCCGCAUGCAGAACAGGCUGAUCGUGUUCGACUCCGGCGUGCUCAGCUGCGCCCGCUACCGCCAGAACAACGAUCAGAUUCAGGGCGAACUCUUCUCUUUCUACUUGUCCCGGGAGCUGGGCAUUCGGAAUCUGCCACCCGCGCUGCUGACCCGGGCCGCCGGUCGGAGCUGGGACCCCGUGAGGUCGAGCCUCGAGCUGGCCCAGUGGCGUUCGGACAGACCGGUGGUGCUCACGAAAUACGUGGAUGACUUGGUGCCCACCUUCAUUCCGGAGGAAUUCCGGUCGCCGACCACUCGUCGGCUGCAUCCGCCGGACGUCGCUAACAAGUCGCAGAAGGAGAUACGAGACCUCAUCCAGUGGUCGGACUUGAUCGUCUUCGACUACCUCACCGCGAACUUGGACCGCAUCGUCAACAACAUGUUCAACCUGCAGUGGAAUCCGGACAUGAUGAACGCCCCCGCGCACAACCUGGUUCGGCAAAAGAGCACGGGUCUCCUCGUGUUCCUGGACAACGAGUCCGGGCUCGUGCACGGCUACAGGCUGCUGGACAAAUACGAAGUGUUCCAUCGAUCCCUCCUGGACUCACUUUGUGUCUUCAGGAAGGGCACGGCCGAUGCCGUAGCCAGACUCACCCGUGACAGAGACAUAGGCCGGAGACUGUACAGUGCUUUUAACAGCAGUGAUCCCGGCAUGGAUAAUUACCUGCCUUUCCUGCCGGAGCGCAGCGUCAAGAUCCUCAACAAGCGGCUGGCCCAAGUGAACGCACAGAUACGCAGGUGCAUGGAUAAGUACGGCCAUGUUCUACGGUAGACCCUUCGACGACGCUUAGACCGAGAACAAUGGUACGUUGUUGGACGACUCGCAGGGGGUGAGUUGUUUCGUGCGGCAAAACAUGUUCGCUCUUGUGAUACGUACGCAACGUGAUGCCGGAGUGAGUGUUGCGCGCGUUGCCCGGCUCGGUGUUGCUAGCGCUGUGCGAGCGGUCUCCAAAGAUGCGUCUCGGCCCAGGCAGCGCACGGAUAGUCAAGGUGUGUUCUGACUUCCUCGUUGGUAUACGUUACGCGGCUAGCGUGGCGAGACGUAAAAAAUGUGGAACUCUUUCUCUUGUACGAAGCAGGGCCUGUACUGGCAGCGAGCUGAGACAAUCGGAUGAGAUUACGUGACCGUCGCUGCAGCUGUAGACCAAACUUUUGUUUAUACGUAUCUACCCUAGAAUGUUGUAAACUUUGGACAUGCUCCGAGGGCGGCAGUGACCGAGAACCUAAAUAUGUAUUUGUUAGGUAAUUUAUGAAGUGUUUCUUCCUUUUAUUGUGUUUCUGCCACGUCUAGCGAGCGAUCUAUGGCAGGAGGUUUGUUGCUGCAGACAGACUGGGCAGUAGGUAACUUUCUGGUGCCUUCUCGAGAAUCGGAAAGCCAUUAGUUCACUAGUACCUUGUUCAACGCUGGCUAACGCCGCCUGGUCUCCACAGUUGAGAAUUUUGAUAGCGAGCAAAAUUUGCUAGCGAAUGUUUGAAACAGAAGAACGUUGGUUGCUCACAUCACUAUUGAGCGAGAACCAAAUUCAUGCUACACGGGAUCUUGUUACAAAUUUGAAUCUGAUAUUUUAUUUAAAAAAGGAAAAUAGAUUUCUGUCCACGUGUUCACUAGUGGUCUCCACAGUUUUGCAAUACAUCCAGCAAGUUUUUCCACUGAGUGCUUGCAAAUACUUUCAACUUCCACUUUUGUUUAUCUCGCGCAACUCUAUUGCCAACCGUAAGAAAAAAAAUACAGUAAUUUUGCGAAGCCUUCAAGCGAAUCUUCUUCGUUUUAGAAGAGAAAAUAUCGUAAGAUCUUUAUGGAACAUGAUGCCACGAAUGCCAGAAGGUUCUAUAACACCGAAUUUUCUCGCAAAAUUCUAAACGCCCAUUCAAACGCACUGGACCAGCAAAGUAUUCUGCGCGUUAUGAAAUGCUUAAGUAUCACGUUACCUAAUUAUUUCACGUCCUUCUUGCAUUGCUUGUUUGAAAGAAAUUAACCAGAAAGAAAAAAAAACCCCUACGGAAGCAACCCGGUGUUUCAGUUAUUAACGCUUCAAGCCUCUCUCAAAGGAAGACAGAAAGCGCGGACGUAGUAGCAAAAGCACCGCCAUCAACCAGCUGUUUCAAUUGAUAACGGUUUCCAACCCUUGCGCGGGAAGAAAAUAAAAUUGAAGUGUGGUCACGAUACCUACACCCUCCAAUCGAAGGGUUAUCAGCACCAUCACCCCCUACCACAAAUAGAUAAGUCACACUAGCUCACGAAGUCCUAAACUGUUCUUGCACUCGGUCAAUAGCUCAAUCAGCGCGCACAUCUUUAGAGAACCGUGUUACUCCUCGAGUGUUCGUGACGAGCAAUGAGUGCCUCAUCCCUGGCGCUUUCGCAGCUGGCCUAAAUCGUUUCCUCAAACAGAGAUCACCAUCGAAACGCUAGAAAACACUUCCCCCACUCCCAUAGCACAGCGGGGAAACAUCGACACGCACGCCGCGAGCAAGGUGCGAGCUAACGAGCAAGGCGCGCAAGAUAUGGCGGAUGACCCAGCCCAAGCCAAAAAAUCGUGAACCAGCGCACACUCAGUGUACACUUUUCUUCUUCGUCCCUUUAUUACAACGCGUUCUUUUUGUUUCGUGCCCCCGACGUUCCUGGUAGCGAGUUCUUUAACGCUAUAGCACCGCGAAAAGCUGCGACGAGCAGCCCCAACAAGGAAGACGAAGAGGGUUGAGAGGUUGACUCCUCGGAAAUGGUCCCGUCUUCGAGAGAGGCGAAGAAGAGGGCUUGGGGGCGAGGAAAAAGGGGGGGGGGGAGGGGGUUGCUCGCCCGCCCCUUAAUGAGGAUUUCAUGGCGAUAGCUCCUCCAACCCGCCACCCGUCCGUGCGUCCUCGCUCGAACGUGUACACUAUACGAGAGAAGCGGCACCCUUCUGGACGAACAGCCCAAACAGGUCGCUCACGACGCUCACCUCUGCAACAGCAACGGUGUUGUGCACGCGCGCUGGCGCGCGGCCAUGGUGUCGUGACCCGCGUCUCGUUAUCAAUUACCAGUGUUUGCCCGGCGUUCUUCGUGCGUGGCGCGGCACUCGCACCCCCUCCUCCCCCCAACGCAAGCUCCCUGUUCGCCCCCCCCCCCUUUUCGUCUCUCCUGCCUCCCCUCCCGACCAAUCGGCACUCUCACGACGUAGCUACCGUUGUGCCACGAUGGUCACGACCUGGCUCUUAACACGCACGCAAUCAACCCUCGAUGCCGCGCCCGUUUCUCAGUCCCGUUUUCGACGCUGUCUCGAGGCUCGUGUCGGUCCUUCGUGAGAUACACGGAGCCAGCGUGUACGCGAGAUACGGACGUGCACACGUAAGAACCACCGAUUCGCCGUGAUGGCUAGUCAUACUAACAAGUCACCUAAGAAAUUUUCCCUCGUCCGUCAUUCUGUCGUCAGAGCUCAACAGUUUACAGAAGGUUCUAGCAGUCCCAGCAGCUGUCUUUCGUAGCCGUCCUUCGUAGCUGUCUUUUCGACGAGUCGUCCAACGGAUGGGAUGGUCUUUAUGGUGCUAGUAUGUGAAAUUUAUGCCGCUAGUACGUGAAAAGCAUAUCCGCGUCAUCGCACAAGUAAAUGUGCCCGACAACAGCACCCACCAAGUUGUCAGCUUGUUCCACAUGGUUCCCAACGGUUUCUGUCACGGAAUUUCACUCUUGGGCUAGUUAGUACUUGGUCAUUUAGAACGGAAUCAGUUCUAACAGCCGAAGCAACUAUGUUUUUGACGUCUCGUCUGACAGACUGAAACGUUUGUACGCACAUGUGCUUACCACUUGAAUCGUUAUACAUAUGUGGAAAAACCAUGCGAAUCGACAUCUGACCUGUCUGAUCACCAAAAGCGUCUACGUUUCGGACAGGUGUUUGGUGAGGUUUCGAAAGGUGUUUAACAUUCCUAGCAGUAAUCUUUUCCAUUCGUCGUCCGAUUGGUAGUGUUUGAUAGCCCAGGUGUGGAAGGUCAUCGGUAUCAAAGUGCUCAAUGGGUGUUAAAUGCACACCAAAGGGCCUUGCUUUUAUAAUCUAAUUAGAAUUCUCAAAGACUUGAAGCAUAUUCUGGCGGUGUAUGAAGGCGUAUAAUGCCGAUGCAAGAAAAAUGGGAAUAUUCAUAGAUAUGCAAAACAGCACUAUUUCACCCAGUAAAAAGAAAGUUUCCGAUGUACCUCUUGUCUGGCGUUUGCUGUCACGAGAAAAGUCAUCAGUAUUUUGCUUUCAAUUUUAAGUGCCGCUGUCGGAGCUUCUUUUUCGCACUUCAUUGGCACGAAUUAAGCGGAUUGCGAGAAAAAAGAGUUAAACGUGGAUGUUACAUUACCAGCCAGAAAGAAAGGGAAAGUAAAUAGAGAAAGGCAGGAAAUUAUAUGAUAUGCAUACUUAUGUGCACAAAUAAAAUGUCACUAUUGCCAGCCGUAUGCUGUGCCAAAUAGCUAAAUGUUGAUGUAAUAGAUGCCCGACGUUUCAUACCAAUUAUUUCUGCCGGAGACGUUUCGUACAUUUGCGUUAGAAAAGUGCACUUUGAGACAGCGUAACAUAAUAAAUUGUUGUGCCUUCCGGUUUGAGAUGAUGAUAUCCCUGCCAAUGCGCAUACAGUUAAGUGGAAAAUACGCCUUCUCGACUUCAAAACUUACACUGAAUUCACUCGUGUCAUGCCUUGCGCUCAAAGCAUGUGCAUUAUGAUGCAUGGGGCAACCAGAAAUAUGAAGUGUUUGUUGAAAACCAUCCCUGAACUUUGUCACUUCUAAGUGCGUCUUUAAUUCUUAAAUGUGGUAGAAAAUAUGAUACGCACGUUUGCAGCAAUUUAUUCUGCAAUACGGGUCCUCUUGCAGGUGGGCAUUAUGUAGAAAUGUCAGUGGACUAGCCAAAAUUUUAUGUGUUAAAACGUCUUAUGAGGAUACGUCUUUUUUAAAUGCAGGUGGAAGAACGAAACAUAAGGUUAUGCCAUACAUGCUACCACUUUAUUAGCGUUAAGUCAUCGAGUUCGCAUCUAUAUGCUCGUGAUAAGAAGCUAUGGCCUCUGAUUAGCAUAUCUGAUUAGUCUCUUGGUCGAAGAUGUUGCUGUAAAUUUAUUCACUACUCACAAAAUUCUACAUUACGAGUGAAUACUGGAAUAUAAAGGUUCUAAUUUACACAUUGACAGAGAUGUUUUCAAGUGCGCGCCUAUCAAGUAAGGACGACUCAAGUUACAGGAGAGAAAAAAAAAAACAGCCUAAAGAGCAUUCAUGCUGCGGAUAUUGUAUUCUCAUAGAUUUCGACGUCAUAAAUGUUAGGUAAUUACUAGAAGCUAGAACCCACAUGAAGUUUAAAGCCGUUUGCAAAUUAUGGGCCUUUGGCGCAAUGCAGCAAUAAAUUGCGUGACCUUGUGCAAUGUAUACUGCCGCUGCCAUUUCCUUGUUCAGCUCUACUGAGUAUCAAACAAGAGGAUGGUGGCCCGUAAAGGGUUUUGUGGGAAUUCCACUUCUGUUAGGCAUAAACAUGAAUUUAAUGUACUCGAAGCUAUGUCGGUUGGAUGUUUUAGCUGGAACACAUCGCCCAACAAACUGCACGCUAUAAUUAUUUCGUUGCAAUUUGUCCCUCUCUAGUUGUCACACCGUUCCGCGAAGGCGUAACUUUUGCAUUUACUAUUAGGGAAUUGGGGUUAAGCUGAAGCAGUUUCUUACGCAUCGUCCAGAAAAUAUACGGUAUGAAAUUACUUGGUGUUAACGCUUCCGCAAAGAAAGAAUGCGCGCUUGUGGUGCUGGAAAGCAUGGGAUUCAAUCUCACCGUUUUAGCACUUACCCGUUAAGUAUUAGCUUGGGCAAGAGAAUUUUCUUUGAGACUAACAUUGCUUCGUUUGAAAACGCAUGCAUAAAACACUGAGACAUGCUGGAGGUGGUUUGAUGCAAAGCGGGUUCUUCCACUAAUAGUACUAGACGCAACAGAAAAUUACGCCAGCAAAAGAAAGAAAAAGAAAUUAUAAAUUUUUGAAGAAGUAAGUUUCAGUAGUUUUAGUACUGAAAAACGAAGGACUCGCCAGUUAGCCCCUGAGAACAGCGCAUUGACAUGGAUUCAACCUAAACGUUCGCAAUACUUCGUUUAUUUCCUUAACCUCUUCUGAAAAGGGAUUCUCACCAGUUUAUAAACUAAAAGUUGUUUUAGUUAGCAAACACAAAAGGAAAGGAAAGGCUAGUUCCCAGGACAGGGUCGCAUGAGGAAUGUCAUUGAUAAGAAACCCUAUCGCCGUAAAGCGCGCGGUGAGAAGGCUCCUUGAUUUUAGCUUAACGGAGGUCCGCGCUGCCUGGAUGGAAAUAUGCCUGGAGAGACAAGAGACAUGCAUGUAUAGAUAUAUAGAUGGAGAACAGGAAGGCAAGGGACGUUAGCUAUACUAGGCAUUGUCCUAUUAGCUACACACACUUACGGAACGAGAGAGAGAGAGAGAGAGAGAGAGUAAAAGAAACAGAAGAGACAGGAGUUUAGGUUGAUUACCUGCAUUAGACAAGCCAUGGCGUCCCUGUACUCGGACGUUUAGGUGCGUCGCCUUCCCAAGCACGCGCUAUACAGGCGUCAUAUAUCCGUCACGUGGGAAAGCAAGGUGGUCGUUACACAGACAGGAACCCGUCACCGUGGCUACAGUGAGUAAGAGGGCUUCUUCCUUAACAAGCUCGCGCGACUCCAGACGCGGAAGAGCGUCAGUCGUAAAACCGCAACCGUCCGCAGUGCGCGUCGGCGAAGGCCUCGCCGGCUCGUAAACAACCGCAAAAUACCGCGAUCGUCAUCUUUACAGCCCUGGAAAGAGUGAAAGAGAACGAGCCGCGCAUGUAACGCUGUGUAUUACCGACUGGCCAGUAGCGCCGGCGGAAGGCGUCAGCAGAGCGCGCUUAGAGAGACGCUUAGGAGGAAUAUUAGGUUAAGCUGCCCAGAAAAUUACGCUUCUGCGAGCGAAAAGUGGCUACAAUCACUUUGAAGGGAGGAUAAGUUACGCGAUACACACAAGCGAAAGAUGUACUGAGGAACCCUUGAAAAUUUCGCACCAGCACGCUGUGACGUCAUGAAGUUUGAAUUGAAAGCGGCGGUUGGUGUCCAAUUAACCGCUUGUCGGUAGUCGAUAUUACAUUUCAACCGGAAGGAACCGAAUAGUUGGCCUUGUAAGUUCGAAAUACAUGAAAGCAAGUACCAUGAAGGCUAUUAAUUCGAGACAUCAGACUGACGCACCAGUGCCGCGGUUCCUGGGAAAAAUUGAAACAUUGUCUUUUUUUUCAUAGCUAGCGAUCAACUUUCUCCCGACAAGCAAAUGAAAGUUGAGAAUUUUAAGCGAGCGUUUACCAGUGCAAAAUGAUUUACUGUUGUUCUCUAGUGUUUGCUUGACUGCACUCAUUGGCGUGGCUCUCUUACUAUCUCACACCUGACCCGGUCAGAGAGCAACCUUUACGCUACCACUUACAACCAGCCGCUCGAAUUAGCGGUCCUAGUUAAUGACUUUCCGACGAGUGGCGUUACCCCCUGCGUUGGUUCGUCACCGCUGACCGUGCUUCACCGCGGGUGGAUUUUUCGUUGGCGAGUGCGCGUGUGUUCCAACUCAGCAGGAAUUGAGACGUUUCUGGAGCGGUAGAAUUAAUGGCGUUCCUCUCUGAAGAACCCUCAGCGGCACCGCGAGCACCGUCCAUCGUAGUUCGGAUACCACUCCAAGUUUUUCGUUCUUGCUUUACCCUUGCUUCGGCAGCACCGUUUCUUCUUUCCGGAGGUUCCUUCGUUUGCUUUUAAACCGCCUUACUUCAUUUUGUUGUUUUGUUGUUGCCUCUUUCUCUUCGCAUUCCUGGUCCCCCUCUAGGCCUCCCUGCCUGGUCGAAGGCAGCCGUCAUGACCCCUCGUGGAGCCUGGCUCAUUUAGUACGUUCCCGGCAAGGCCUUCAACUGCACCUCCCCCCCUCCCCCAUUCCCCCCUCAGCUCCCUCCAUUUCAUUUGUUCAAACGCUUCGCUUUGAUCGCUUUCGAGGGGAACCGGCGCCUGCACAGCUUUGGGGCGCUAAUCGUUUCGGUGUCGACCAGAGCAGCCCCCGCUUGUUUCGCACUGCCUUCGCCAUUCAGUUCGGUACUUUCUUUUCUCGCCUCCACGCGUUUCUGCGGCGCACCUUGCUCUCUCGCAUACCGUUGAGACACUCGGGGUGAUGUUAAAUGCAAAGGGGGGCUGUUUGUCUGCGACAUUCUUUCUCCAUGCGUGUGUUUGUGACUGCUGGUAGUCCAGCCUCACUGCACUAAGGCAUCACGUUCUUUCGAAUGGAAUCAAAUCGUGUCAACCUGCAUUUGUCAUUGCUUGUAAAGCUGGCAGUCAAGCCUCACUACGUUAGGGAGUUAUAUUGUUCCCUCAAAUUAGAUGAAAUAGUGUGUCAAGGUUUAUUCGACAUUUAGUAAGUGCAUUGUUCUUUUAAAUCGAAUCGCAUCGUAACGAGCUCUCUUUGACAUCGUCAGUGAUCCAUAGAACCACAGAGAAAAAAACACAGACAAUAAGUCCAGACAAAAAAAAAGAAAAAAAAAACGAACAAGGAAUGACUUAAUUGACCGGGCCUGUGACCACAAUCGCAUAACAUUCGAGCAUAGUUGAAGAAUAAAGAACAUUUGGGUGAACCAGCAGCAGUAGCACACAUGCCGGAAAAGAAAGGUACGAAUUACGCAGGUCUAAAGCAAAGCUUUGAAUAUAUGUGGAAUGAAGCUCGCGUGAAGUGGUUAAUCAGUUCUAUAAAUUUGCCUAUUUCAUUCCAACGUCUUGGCGUAAAAGAAAGUGGCGCGCGUACAUAUUCUCUUACUCACCGGUGCUGCGCAAUGAUAUACACACGUGAUUAUUUUUUUCAAGUAUGAGCUAUUCCGCAAGACAGAAGCAGCACCCAUGAGCAGUAAUCGUCCGCAAAUCCCGGAAGGGUUCGCGCAGAAAUCUUCGCUUUAAUAGACAAGCGUAGAUGAUAACAACUAUGUUUGUGUAUUGAGACAUACUGAAUACAAAAGCAAGAAAUUGUGAUACUUACAGCUUAAACUCUAGGAAGUGAACAGCUUAAAGCCGUCUGAGAAACACCAUCUCCUGCAUUAUAUGACACGAUAGCCAGUAGGAAAUUUCGCGGCUGUGCGAGUUCCACAACCUUUUAAUAUUGGAAUGCACAUUUGAAGGCUGGUGGGACUUUUUUUAUUGAGUUUAUUGCAAUUUCCUUUACGAGGUACGUUGAGGGGCCGGAACGUUGCUGGAAAUUUGUUUAAGGCCAUUCUAUUCAAACUUACACCAUGAAUACAGUAAAUAUUGACGCGUUUUCUUCGCUGGCUCACUUUGACUAAACAUCUUGUUGGUCAACCAAAUGAAUGAAAGAAAAAAAAACUUGUAUUUAUCAUGUUUUGUUCCAGUUGUUGGAAAAUAGACAAACAGCCUGUGAGUUUUGCAGAAAAUGUAUUCACCUGGUUGCACAAAGCAGUCGUUCUUGUUCGACUUAUAGGACAUAAGGACUAACGAUCGCUAAAAAAAUUAUGUUAAAUUGGUCUGACUACCACUUUUGGUGUCCUUUUCCAGAAAACUUUCUCUAGUGCAUUUCGCGCAGUGCUAAGAAAUAUAAUUCUCGCCAUUACACUUCGACAUAACAAACAAGUACUGUCAUAUUUAACUGUUUAUCCAUACUGUCAAGGAAUUGAACUUCUGGCGUCAUGGCAUCGUAUUAAUUGUGAAAAACUGCUUUUCGAUCAGUUUUGACGGGACCUUAAAUAAGGGUGUAUUUAGUUUUGCAAGCACUUAGUUUUCUAUUGCUGGUUUUCGUGAUCGCUUAUUUUGAAGGUAAGACUAAAACCCAUGCACCAAGGGACAUUCUCCCUUUUGUUAUUUCUUAAAGCAGAUCGAUGAUUUCAUGCCCAAAAUGUCGUAGAGCAUUUUUUAUAAUUCUUGUGUCAGGACCCGUGAACACAUGAAUGUCUUACUUUGUGAUUGUAAUUUACUUUUCACGCACGUGCACUUGCUAAUUCCUAGAGAUGUAUUCAUUCUCGCAAGUGUUAUUAUAGUGCCGGCGCAGUUGCUUGAUUCACGUGCAACUCUAUUAUGAUGGAUGACAAAAAGUUAGCAUUUCAUUAUUAAAUCUCGCAAUAUAUUGAGGUAAUUUUGUUCAAUACAGUAAUAUUAAAUUAUAGAGUUAGUGUAGAUUGGUUUCAUUAAGCUAUUGGUCUGCACUCGGUUGAAUGACAGUGAUUUACUUCUAUGAAGCUCAAUGUAUUGAAACGUGGCUUGUUGCCAGUUUCUUUAAUAUCUUUGCAUAAGGCGAAGUCAUCUCUGUAGUAAGAAAAGUUACUUUUGGCAAACUUCACUUUGUAUUGCUUCCUGUGUGGCGUAAUGGUACUGUUGAACAUUUUCUGUACAGACGUCAAACCAAUAGCAUUGGGCGUUUUCUAUAAGAAACGCCACUAUUAAGCCCUUAUAAGGGCUUAAGACGGUGUACCGUUUUUAGAUUCUGUGCCUGUUUUAAGCCGUUAUAAGAGCUUAAGACGGCACAGAAUCAGUAGGAAACCGAUAGACUCGCUAAGAAGGCUACUGUGGAGACCUCUAGCAUCUAGAGUUAGCGGUGUGUAUUGUUGUUCGCAAAGCAGCGUCGGCUGAAACAAACCUGUAUACGUAUUUUCCUGUUGUCGCGAAUCGGUUCUUGCAAGGCUGAGACCACGGGAGUAAAAUGUGCUAGUCCCUGUACAUAACUUCACAUCUCGUGGUUUUCAGUCCUUGCAUGAACAAUUGUUCCUCUUUACGUGCUUGUAUGGUAUCACGAAGUGUGCUUGCCCGAAAGUGCGCAUGCGCAUGCAAUGCCGUAUGUGACUGAAAAAGAACAUAUUGUUCACAAGGGUAUGUGCUUGUCCUGUGUAAUUUAUACCGUGAACUAUUGUAAAAUAAGUAAACAAGAGUUUUUUUUCUUUUCCUAAAUUAUAUGUAAAUAUGAUAAACAAAAUAAAAGCAACGUUUUUACAAGACAAA